AUGAGCAGCCACGGCAACAGCCUGUUCCUGAGGGAGAGCGGCCAGCGCCUGGGCGGCGUGGGCUGUCUGCAGGGCCUGCAGGACAGCCUGCAGCAGAGAGCACUGCGCACGCGCCUGCGCCUGCAGACCAUGACCCGAGAGCACGUGGGGCGCUUCCUGCGUCGGAACGCCUUCAUCUUGCUCACAGUCAGCGCUGUGAUCAUUGGUGUCAGCCUGGCGUUUGCCCUGCGUCCAUACCAGCUCUCCUACCGCCAGAUCAAGUACUUCUCUUUCCCGGGUGAGCUGCUCAUGAGGAUGCUGCAGAUGCUCGUGCUCCCUCUCAUUGUCUCCAGCCUCGUCACAGGUAUGGCUUCCCUGGACAACAAGGCGACGGGGCGGAUGGGAAUGCGGGCAGCUGUGUACUACAUGGUGACCACAGUCAUUGCAGUCUUCAUCGGCAUCCUAAUGGUCACUAUCAUACAUCCCGGGAAGGGCUCCAAGGAGGGGCUGCACCGCGAGGGCCGCAUUGAGACUGUUCCAACAGCUGAUGCUUUCAUGGACCUGGUCAGAAAUAUGUUUCCACCUAAUCUUGUGGAGGCCUGCUUCAAACAGUUUAAGACACAGUACAGCACACGGAUGGUAACCAGGACGAUUGUAAGGACAGAGAAUGGGUCAGAGCUGGGAGCCUCCAUGCCUCCCCCACCCUCAGUAGAGAAUGAAACCAGCAUCCUGGAAAAUGUCACCAGGGCCUUGGGCACCUUUCAAGAGGUGAUGAGCUUUGAGGAGACUGUGCCUGUACCUGGCUCGGCCAAUGGCAUCAACGCCUUGGGCCUCGUGGUCUUCUCCGUGGCCUUCGGGCUGGUCAUUGGUGGCAUGAAGCACAAAGGCCGUGUCCUGAGGGACUUCUUCGACAGUCUGAAUGAGGCCAUUAUGAGGCUGGUGGGCAUCAUCAUCUGGUACGCACCUGUGGGCAUCCUGUUCCUGAUUGCUGGGAAGAUUCUGGAAAUGGAAGACAUGGCUGUCCUUGGAGGUCAGCUGGGCAUGUAUACCCUGACUGUCAUCGUUGGUUUAUUCCUUCAUGCUGGCGGCGUGCUGCCGCUCAUCUACUUCCUUGUUACUCAUCGGAACCCCUUUCCUUUCAUUGGGGGAAUGCUACAGGCCCUCAUCACAGCCAUGGGUACUUCUUCCAGCUCUGCAACCUUGCCUAUCACUUUCCGCUGCCUGGAGGAGGGCCUGGGCGUGGACCGCCGCAUCACCAGGUUCGUGCUGCCUGUGGGAGCCACGGUCAACAUGGACGGCACCGCACUCUACGAAGCCCUGGCAGCCAUCUUUAUUGCGCAAGUCAACAAUUACGAGCUCAACCUUGGCCAGAUCACCACAAUCAGCAUCACAGCUACGGCUGCCAGUGUAGGAGCAGCUGGCAUCCCCCAGGCAGGACUGGUCACCAUGGUGAUUGUGCUCACGUCUGUCGGCCUGCCCACAGAGGACAUCACACUGAUCAUAGCUGUGGAUUGGUUCCUUGACCGACUUCGUACGAUGACCAAUGUGCUGGGGGACUCAAUUGGAGCGGCCGUCAUUGAGCACUUGUCCCAACGGGAGCUGGACCUGCAGGAGGCAGAGCUGACUCUCCCCAGCCUGGGAAAGCCCUACAAGUCACUCAUGGCACAAGAGAAGGGAGCAUCGAGGGGUCGGGGAGGUAACGAGAGCGUCAUGUGAGAAGCUUCUAGCUCUCUGUGCCAGGAGGAGGGAAGGGGCUGGGAGGGGAGUCCUGGGGACCAUGUGUUGCCCCGCUGACUGUGGGCUGAACAUACAUGUUCUGUGUGGCUUCUCUGGGGACUGCUGAGAUAAAAGAGAGGGAAUGAAAGGUAUCCAAGGUGUAUUCAUCACUGUUGCAUUUGUGUUCUCCAAAUACAAAAACAGCCCAAGGGGAGGAAGAUUUAUUUUGGCUUAUGGUUACAAAGGUUCACCAGAGUAGGAAGGCAUGGAGGAAAAGAGCAGCUCACUUCGUGCGUGGUGGUCAGAAACCAGAGACAAGAAGAAAUGAAAAAUGACCAAGGCAGGAUACAGUUCCUCAAGACAUCCUACCUGUGACUACUUUCUUCAACUAUACCCUUCCUCCUAGUUUUUACCUCUUUCCAAAACAGCAAUCACGUUAUGGAAACAUCAAGGGAAUGAUUCAUUCAUUAAGUCAGAGCCCUCACAAAGCAGUCAUUUCUCAGACACACAAAGUGUGCUUUAAGAAUUUUCUGGACACUUGUUUCGGUACAGUCCAGCUGUACAAGAAAGUUCAUCAUCAUAAAGGUCUCUGUUCAUCUCUGAGUGUGCUGAAAACUUGAAGGAUGGUGUGAGAAAAAAGGGGAAAGAAACAUUUGAAAUUGGGGGAGGAAAACCUUCAAGUUCAGCAAGAAAGAUCAACUUAUUCUUUAUGUGGUGAAGCUGACAAGGGCAAAGAAAAAUGCCUGCUGUUUCUUGUGAUAAAGUUAUGUGUGGAUUUUGUCUUGAGAUCCUAAAGACCACAUUCAGAUUUAAUGACUCAUUAAUAAGACUCAAAGAACUCAAAAAGCCACUCUCCUCUCACAUACGGUUUAUUCGGGUUCCAAUUGAAAACAACAAAGACAAGUGGUUGGGGCUGGGGUGGGAUGGAUCAGAUGCACGUUUCCAGUCCCUUUCUAGUGAAGUCAUGGAACCCAAUGGCGUCUUCCCACAGCAUAGGUGGCAACAUGCAUGACGCCCUGAUGUCUUAGUUCUGUUUCUUGUGGUGACAACACACCCAGACAAAAGCAACUUAAGAGCCAAAGGGUUUAUUUGACCCUUACUUCUUGGUUAAAGUCCACCAUGGCAGAGAAGUCAAGGUGGCAGGAUGUCAAAGCUGCUCUUGACAUCCACAGUGAAGAGCAGAGAGAAUGAACGUGUGCUUGCUCAUGCUCCUUGGAUCUCAUUAAGUUUAAAGUCCAGCCCAUAAAACUGGGUGGCCCACAUUCAGGGCAGAUCUUCUUGUCUCAAAUAACUCAAUUAAAAUCCCUCACAUGCCCCCGGGGAAACACAGUCUCAACAAUUUCUCAUCGAGAUUUCUUUCCACUUGAUUCUAAACUGUAUCAAAUUGACAGUUAAGACUGAAAACCAUGAGGAAAUGCACAUGCACCUUGGGGCCUUGUCGCACAGGCAUGGAACACCCACUGACUCAUCAUUUGUCAGUGUCUGGAGUGGACAGUCCACUGCAGUGUGGUCCAGGGCACCAACUGCAUAGUACUAGGCACUGACUUGAUAGUCAGCAUGCACUCUUGAGUAUGGCCGUGGGUCCCUGUUUUAUUUGACACUUUGUCAGGACAAUCAUUCCAAACAUUAGAGAUGUUUUAGUUUCAUUUCUGUUGAUUUAGUAAAACACUUGGUCCAAAAUCAACCUAGGGAGGGAAAUGAUUUAUCUGCUGUAAAAUUACCACGGAGGGAAUCGAGGCAGGAAGUGGAAGGCGGGCCUGCUCCUAUUUUACACAGCAUUAUCUGCAACCAAGAAACCAGUUUGUAGCCAAAGGAGUGCCACAGGAACUGUGGAGGAUGCUGCAUGCUAGCUGGCUGACAGGCAGACAUCUGCCCAGCUGGGCACUGCUCACAGCGGGCCACAUCAAUCAAUAAGACAUCUGUCUUAGUCAGUGGUUUAUUUUCGUGAGGGGACGACAUUGCCACAGUCCUUUAUUAAAAGAAAGCAUUAAAUUGGGACUUGCUUAGAGUUCAGAGGUUUGGUCUGUUUUCAUCAUGGCAGGGAGCAUGGUGGCAUGCAGGCAGACAUGGUACUGGGGAGAAGAAUCUGAGAGUUCUCCAUC